AUGAGGGCUCGCGGGGGGCGCUGCGCGGCGCUGCUAGCGUGCCUCCCCUUGCUGCUCUCGGUCCUGGACGCGCACUUUUUGUCGAAGGAGCAUGCUUCGCAAGUCCUGGUGAGGAGACGCCGUGCCAAUUCCAUGUUUGAAGAAACAAAAGAGGGCAAUCUCGAACGGGAGUGCGUAGAGGAACUGUGCAACAAAGAAGAAGCCAGGGAAAUCUUCGAGAACAAUGCCGAGACGGAAUAUUUUUAUCCCAAAUACAUAGCUUGUCUUGGCUUUUACCGACCUGGAUCAUUCAGUGCUUUGCAUCAAUCAACAAUUGCUUCUUCUGACCUAAGGAGCUGUGUCACUGCCAUUCCAAACCAGUGUGAUCCUUUGCCCUGCAGUGAAGAUGGAUAUCUGAGCUGUAGGGAUGGCCAAGCUACUUACACUUGUAUCUGUAAAUCAGGUUGGCAAGGAGAGAAGUGUGAAUUUGAUAUAAAUGAAUGCAAAGAUCCCUCAAAUUACAAUGCAGGGUGCAGCCAGUUUUGUGAUAACACGCCUGGAAGUUACCACUGUUCUUGCAAAGAUGGUUUUGUUAUGCAUUCAAAUAAAAAGGACUGUCAAGAUGUGGAUGAAUGUGCCUUGAAGCCAAAUAUAUGUGGCACAGCUGUGUGCAAAAACAUCCCUGGAGACUUUGAAUGUGAAUGCCCUGAAGGCUACAGAUACAAUUCAAAAUCAACCUCUUGUGAAGAUGUGGAUGAGUGUGCCGAGAACAUGUGUGCCCAACUUUGUGUCAAUUACGCUGGAGGUUACUCAUGUUACUGCGAUGGCAAGAAAGGAUUUAAACUUGCCCAAGAUCAGAAGCGAUGUGAGGCCAUUCCAGUGUGCCUUCCCUUGAACCUUGAAAAAAAAUAUGAAUUACUUUACUUGGCAGAACAAUUUGUGGGGGUCGUUUUAUAUUUAAAGUUUCGUUUGCCAGACAUCACCAGAUUUUCAGCUGAAUUUGAUUUCCGGACAUAUGAUUCAGAAGGUGUAAUAUUGUAUGCAGAAUCUCUUGAUCACUCUGCUUGGUUCCUGCUGGCACUCCGUGAUGGAAAGAUUGAAAUUCAAUUUAAAAAUAAGGAUUCAACCAAAAUCACCACUGGAGGCAAAGUUAUUAAUAAUGGUCUGUGGAAUAUGGUUUCUAUAGAAGAAUUGGAACAUAGUAUUAGUGUUAAAAUAGCCAAAGAAGCCGUGAUGAACAUAAAUAAACCUGGAAGACUUUUUAAGCCCACAAAUGGAUUUCUGGAAACCAAAGUAUAUUUUGCGGGAUUUCCUCGGAAAGUGGAAAGUGCAUUCAUUAAACCGAUUAAUCCUCGCCUGGAUGGAUGUAUACGAGGUUGGAACUUGAUGCAUCAAGGAGCUUCAGGAGUAAAGGAAAUAAUUCAAGAAAAACAAAAUAAGCAUUGCCUCGUCAGUGUGGAAAAGGGUUCCUAUUAUUCUGGUUCCGGAGUUGCUCGAUUUAUCAUAAAUUACAGUAACACUUCCUAUCCUGAGGACUGGCAAAUCAAUGGGUCCUUGACAAUCCGUCCAUCCACAGGCAUUGGUGUUAUGUUUGCCUUGGUUUCUGGUAAAACAGUGCCCUUUGCCGUAUCCUUGGAAGACUCCAUCUCUGGAAAAUUUCAGGAUAUCUUGGUGUCCGUUGAGAAUACAGUAAUAUCUCGGAUAGAAAACAUCGAUUUGUGUUCCAGUAAAAAAUUCCAUCUGAAAUUCAAAGUCAACAGACAGAGUCUAGAGAUGUGGAAUCAAUUGGAAAAGCAUGCUAAUUACUCUGCUGACUUUCAAAGUCAACUUGCUGUCUUGGACAAAGCAAUGAGAGGCACAGUAUCCACUUAUUUGGGUGGCGUCCCAGAUGUUUCCUUCGAUGCUAUCCCUGUGAAUGCCUUUUUUAAUGGCUGCAUGGAAGUGAAUAUUAACGAUGUUCAGCUGGAUCUGGAUGAAGCUGUGUCGAAGCACAAUGAUAUUAGAGCUCACUCAUGUCCAUCAGUUUGGAAAAAUUCAAACAGUCCUUAAGGCAUAUUUCUCUGCUGAAAAUAUCUUGAUUUUUGUGUAUAAUUAUACUUACAUUUCAAUUUGUGGUACUUUGAUCUUCAUUGAACUUUUAAAAGGUUCUUUAAAAAAUAUUGUGAUAUAAAUCACAUUAGAAGAUAUAUCUUAUAUUUGUUGUUACCCAGAUAUCUUAUAUUUGUUGUUACCCAGAUAUUAAAUAAUGAAACAUAUAACACUUUUAAUUUAAAUCUUUUGCUACAAACGAUUUCGCUUAAGUUUUAUAUUCUGAAAGUAAGGUAUCAUCAAGAACUGGUGUUUAAAUAUCUAUUUUUCUCAGAAGGCUGGUCCAUAAGCAGAAAAACAAGACCCGUGUAGGUAACUACACACUAUGACUUGUUUGGUUUUCCCUAGUGGAGACAGAAGGGGCAGUGGCCUAUUAAGUCUGAGUUGAAUAGAAGGUCCUAAAGCUUUAUUCUAAAACAAUUCCUUAGGGGUUCCAGUUUGGGUUUCCUCUUUUAUCUGACUUGAAAUUUGAAACAGUAUCUUCACUAAGUUAGCAAACAAAUGGGACACUGUGUUUUGAGAAGCAGCAUAUGAAUGUUGCUGGCUGAUAAUUUGAAUCUAUGAGUAUGAGAUAUGGGUUGUGUUGGGAUGUGUGGAAAACUGGGAUAGGUACAUCUCUUAAAUUUGGCUAUGUGUACUCUGGGGUAGAAAUGGCAGCAUUUAGCUGUGCAAAAGAGAACAAACAAAUAAAAAAGAAUAAACAAUGUAGAAGACAAAAUUCGUUAUUUUUCUUCAAUUCAACCUUAACUGACAGAGAUUCCCAAGUCUGGUUGCUCUAGGGCAAAAGAACUAUGAAAAUGAAAACAGAUUUUAACAAAAGGCUGACUCAGGAGGGUCAGUUAAACUUGGGUCUUUGUAAUCAAAGGAGUAAGGAGGUGAGAUUGCCUCACACUGGUUGGUCAUGCAUUUGAAGUAGCAGUUUCAUUUUACCACGGCUGUAUUCACCACCCACAGUUCACGUUAGGUGUGCAUCAGAUGUUUUGUUGAUAAUUUUAGAAAAUAAACUUUUUCCCCCACUA